AUGUCCAACCCUGUGGGGAUGGCUUCAGAUGGAGCGUGUCCAGCGUCUGCAGCCUACCUGAGCCUGAACCCCGUUGCUUCCAGAGCUCCUCUCACAGAGCUGCCCUUCCACACAGCCGCCCCAGAACCAGCACAAGGGUCAUUGAGGAAGCAGCCUUCCUGUCCACCUCCAACAGUGGCUGCUGCACUCCCUCCUCAGGGGAGCCCUCUGGUGCUGCCUGCUUUCCCCAGCACAUCUCUGGUGUCAGGGGGAAGCUGCAAAUCCAGUGGGGCAGGCUCCUCCCAUGUCAUUGUGGAAAUGGGGACAGGAGGAAGGCCAGCAGUGCCCCUCCACACUCCAAAAGUAAUUGUCACUCAGGCCCCUCUCAUCUGGAAUGUCCCUCCUGGGGAUGUGGGAUCCAUGGGCCCAGCUCCACUCCUCUUGCCUGGUGCUGCCAGCAGUGCUCCAGUGAGUGUCCCCAUGACUGGAUGUAGACAGGCUGCCCAAGACAGCUUGACCUGGGGCCCACCCCUGGGAUCAACACCACCAGUUUCCCAGGAGGCUCCCAUCAGGCCCCCAGUGAGCCAGCAGGCACCGUGGCCACAGAGGCCCUGUGCAGAGGGCAGUCGGCCCACAUCCCAGACCAAGCCUCCACCUCCCAGUGUCUAUCAGAACUUUCAGCGCUGGCAACAGUUGAAGGCCUUGAUCCAGAAUAAACUUCCACAGACUCCUGAUGGGGAAGCACUUGCCUGCUUCUUCAUCCCAGUGCUUCGGUCCCUGGCCCGGCUCAAGCCCACCAUGUCCCUGGACGAGGGCCUGUGGAGAGGCCUUCAGGAGUGGGAAGGCAUUAGCAAUUACGAGCGCAUGAACUUUCACGAGAUGGCGGCCAAGUUCAUGGAAUUUGAGACUAUGGAGGUGAUAGAGAAUUCAAAGUUGCAGGGCAUUAUGCAUUUCCAAGGCCCGCCUCCUGCCAUCCCACUGAAGCCAGAUUCUCCAAGGCCCUCAUCCCUCGACAUUCUCCAGCGGCCAGAGGGCAACUCCAGCAAGACUGGCCUCAAGGCUCAGCCUGCCAAGCCAUCAGCACCCACAGGUCAGAGGCCGCCAGAGACCAAGGCACCCGAGGAGAUCCCAGCUGAAGCCGUGGAGGAGUACAUGGCCAUCAUGGACUGGCUGGAGGGCCUUCCUCAAUUGUGCACCCAGGACUCUGGGGGAACAUCCAAAGAGGCGGGAAUGGAACAACAGGAUGUGGAAGACAUGUGCUCAGAUCCAGAGCUCCUGAGUCUCCUUGACCAGCUGUGCUGCCAGGAGGACUUCAUGUCAAAUGUGGAGGCCAUCAUUCACCCCACAUUCCUGGAAGAAUUGCUUUCCUCCAAACCAGAGCUGGAUCUUGAAGCCCUAAUUGAGGAGCUGGAACAGGAAGAAGGACUCACCCCUGAGCAGGUUGGCACAGGAAAGACUCCAGAUGCAAAGCCAGUAACUCUGUAUUUCCUCCAACAGAUAGUGGAGAAACGUCUUGGGGCACCCAGAGUAGCCUCAAGUGUUUCUGAGUUGGCCAUCUGCCAAGGUGCAGAGAGAAAUGAGCAGAGCCCCCAACAAGCAGUCAGUGCAGAUACCAGCACUCUGCACAUCGUUUGCAGAGAUGAUCAGAGCCAUGGUGGCACAGAUGCAGAGCACCUGACACCUGCUUCUGCUGCUGCUGCUGCUGCUGCUCUUCAGGGGGGUCACGGGUGUCCUUCACUAGGAACCACUUUGUCCACUGCUUGUCCCCGGGGACAUGGAUCCUAUCCCAAGAGACUGGGGUCUGUAGAUGCCGUGAAUCACAUGGAAAAGUCUCCUGCUGGCACUCCACGCAAGCGAGCAGGGCACAGUAAGUUGGGCAAGGGAUGUGUCCCCAGCCUGGCUUCCUUGCUGGGCUCUGAGUACUGUCUCCUGCCCUGGGGACUAUCUCAGAGCCCCAGGUCUCCCACCACCUUCCUCUCCUCUGGACACCAAGCCCCCGGGCCUUCACUGUGCAAAAGAAGAGGCCGCAGCCUGGAUCCCCCUCCACCUGCCAAGUCCAAGAAAAGGGCUCGCAUUGGAGACUCAUGCACCCCAGCAAAGAAUCCUUGCCCAGGGUCUCACUCUGAGGAGUCUGCAAAGCAGGUCUUGUCUUUGGGGCUGGUUCAGCCCUCACAGCCUCAGAAGAGAAAGCGUGAGUUGUUGGAGGUCCAGAGGAAGAAGAGGAAGAAGAAAAAUCCUUGA